UCGAACAUUGCGCGUCGCGGUGUCAACUCGGCUUUCUUGCUACGAAAAAAAAAACGUGUCGCCUGCAACUUUAUAACUAUACAAAACGUAACAAGCUUUCAUUUGUGUAACGUAUACGCGAUUGAACAGGCCCGCCGCCGUCGGCCAAUCGUAGCCUAUACGGAUAUAUAUACGUCAUGACGCGGCUGUGGGCAGAUCACACUGUAAACGCACUCCGCAGAGAACGCACGCGCGCCGCGUCAACCAAGUUUCACGUCUCGACGUAUCACGUAGUGUUUGUGUUUCAUCUCCAUUCGGCAACUAUGCAUCUAAGCUGGGUCCAAUUCGCGUGGGCGGCACUGUUGGCGCUGUCGGUGUGCGCAGGCGCGGCGGCUGCGCCUCCAUCGUCAGCCCCUCAUCACGUGGCACGGCGGUCCUUCUUCUCGCUCGAGUGUAAGGGUGUGUACGACGCCUCGAUAUUCGCGCGUCUCGACAGGGUCUGCGACGACUGUUACAACCUCUUCAGGGAACCUCAACUGUAUACUCUAUGCAGGAAAGACUGUUUCACGACAAAUUACUUCAAGGGUUGCGUCGAGGUGCUGCGACAGACCGACCAGUUAGAGCUCUUCAAGACAUAUAUAAAAACAUUACACGGGGCCGACCCAGGGGUUUAGGGCGAAAUGCUUCACAACACCCUACUUCAAGGGAUGCAUGGAGUCUUUGUACCUCUACGACGAGAAAGAACAGAUAGAUCAAAUGAUCGACUUCGUCGGCAAACGUUAAUAAUACAGCCAAACUGUCAGCAUGACGUAUAACCCGACCGAGUUAAUAAUACAGCCAAACUGUCAGCAUGACGUAUAACCCGACCGAGUUAACUGGACACAAUUGAACAAGCCAACGCAACGGUAUCCACAACUCAGCCGCUUUGCAAAAAGCAGAAACAUGCAAAACGAAGUAUCAAAUUGAACGUCUGCUUUUUAUCCUCAACGUAUCCUAGUCUAACGCGACGUAAACUGUGUUUUAUGUUCGUGUGUAAUUAUAAUUAUCGUAAGUAUGUAUAGGACAUUUAUAAUGUAUAAUAUUUGUGUUAUUAAGUGUUGUAAGCUUUGUGAGGAAGUGUAAAGUACAUUAAAGAUUUGUAUAAAAUCACCUCUUAAGUAUUAAAAAUAUAUAUCAAAAAGGAGACAGGUGCUUUCUGGUGUUGAUGCUGGUCAUCUUAUUUUCAUUGUCUGUCUCACGAAAAAUCUGACUGAGAUUAUAGUUUUUUUUUUUUUGUAUAUUUAAUCGCGACGCAUUCCAAUCACAGUAUUUUAAAUUACAAUAUAAUCAGUACAUUUCAUUUAUCUGAUGCAAUUUUCGUAUUAUCUAUGGUAUUAUAAAGAGCCUAACGGUAGCCUUAAUAUAGUUUUUAUGUUAUAUUUAAAAACUUGAGUGGCUUAUAUUUUUAUCGACUGUUAGUUUACGUUAUUAGCCUUUAUUAGUUAUAAUAAACGAUAUUUAAUUUGAUUUACAGUCCUCUGUCCGCCAUUAACUUAGAAUAGACAAUUUUUUGUAGAUACGUUUCUGUUCACGCAUCCAUUUAUUAUAGCAACACGAAAUGACAAUGCGAAUAAACAAGCGGAGGCAUUGCAUUAAUAUAGAUGAUAUUGUAAAACUUACUCAAAAUCCCGUCUCCGCUUAUGUUUUCGGUUGUUCAAAGGUUGGUUUUACAUUAAUUUAAUCUAGUUAAGUAUUUAAUUAAAAAAGAUUUAUUUUUAUAUACUUCCGACUUAUUUAUUAUUUGUUACUUUUUAUGGAUUUAUUUAUUGAUUUUUUUUUGUAAUCUGUAUCUCUACGCAGUACCAGUGGGUUAUCCAAAUUGAACUGUAUUACAUUAUGUUUAAGUUGCGGUUUAUACUUAUGAAUGUGCACGUCAGUGUCCCGCUGAACCUUCUCUGUAUUUGAAUCUCAACUUUUUUCUAAUGAGCGUUUCUUUUGUAAAGUAUUCGAUAUGGUGCCAAUCACAAUUAGAUUAAUACAAUUAUACAGUGAUAUUUAACGAUUUUUAGCACUUGUGAAAAAAUGUAUAAAAAAAAUGUAAUUAAAAAUAUUUAAUGUAUUUGUAUAAAUUUUAUAUAAAACAGCUAAGAAACGCUACGGGUUCCAUGAAAUAUAAUACGUAUGAAAAACUA